GCCGUACAGCCGACCAGUAAAUUUCAGUGCAGUGAAGUAACGAGUACGGUACAGCAUCGGUUCCAAAUCUUUUUCGCGAUUGUCAUCUUCAUCUCCGGACCUGUCCUGCCGCUGCUGCUGCUGCUGCUCCGGUGCAGCUUCAUUGUUUCCGAUGAAGUAAAUUGCAACGUGUGCGUGUGUGUGAGCAGAAAACAGGAAAACACAGACUGGAUGGACAGAGCUUGAAGCAUUUCGAUCUGCAAGCAGGACGCGUGAAGUCAAGACGUGAAGCAAAAAAAAAACGAAAAGCGAUUUUAGUAAAAGAAGAGGGCACGUUAGGUUUUGUGUUUUGUGCAAAAAAUUGUGUACCGAAGAGAUUUGAAGAGCAAGAGGAACGGAGUAAAUCAAGCGACAUUUUAACGAGCGAAAGGAGCGCGAUUGAAGACGAGUGCGAAGGAAGGCGAGGCGACAGAUACUGGCAUUCAACACCCACAUUGCGACCAUGAAAAAGCGAUUGGAUAGGCUGCGCAAAUCUAAAAUGGCCGAAGGUAAUGGUGAGGUUGUAGAAGAGAUGGCAAAUCAAAAAUCAGGCGAGGGUGGCGACGGCGAACGAACGCAGGACUACUCAAAGCUGCUGGAAUAUGGACUACAUAAGAUGGUUGCCGGCCGGUUGGACGACAUCUACAAAACGGGCAAGCUGGCCCACUCGGAACUAGAUGAGCGGGCGUUGGAUGCGCUGAAGGAAUUCCAUGUAGAAGGUGCCUUGGACGUACUGGACCAGUUCCUAGACUCAAACCUCGAACAUGUGUCGAACAAAUCGGCGUUCCUCUGCGGUGUCAUGAAAACGUACAGACAAAAAGUGCGGGCCACGCAACAAGGACAACCGGCACCUGCAGUCACAGUACAAGCGAAGGGGCCCGACGAGGAGAAAAUUAAAGCAAUUCUCGAACGAACAGGCUACACAUUGGACGUCACCACAGGACAGCGCAAGUACGGUGGGCCACCGCCAAACUGGACGGGCAACACGCCCGGCAACGGUUGCGAGGUGUUCUGUGGCAAAAUACCAAAAGAUAUGUACGAGGACGAGCUGAUCCCGCUGUUCGAGAAGUGUGGCAAGAUCUGGGACCUCCGGCUAAUGAUGGACCCGAUGACCGGCACCAACCGGGGUUACGCCUUCGUUACCUUCACCUCACGGGAUGCGGCCUCGAACGCCGUACGGGAGCUCAAUAAUUAUGAAAUAAAGCCCGGCAAUUGUUUGAAAAUAAAUGUAAGCGUGCCGAAUCUGCGCCUCUUUGUAGGCAACAUACCUAAAUCUAAAGGAAAAGAAGAGAUUUUAGAUGAAUUUGGUAAACUAACAGCGGGACUUGUGGAGGUAAUUAUUUAUAGCUCACCAGACGACAAGAAAAAGAACCGAGGCUUCUGCUUCCUCGAGUACGAAUCACACAAGGCAGCCUCUUUGGCAAAGCGGCGACUAGGCACCGGACGGAUAAAGGUAUGGAAUUGUGAUAUAAUAGUAGACUGGGCAGACCCACAGGAGGAACCGGACGAACAAACGAUGAGCAAGGUCAAAGUAUUAUACGUACGAAACCUAACACAAGACACGAGCGAAGAAAAACUGAAGGAAAGCUUCGAACAGUUCGGCCGUGUUGAGCGAGUGAAGAAAAUUAAAGACUACGCAUUUGUUCACUUCGAGGAUCGCGACAAUGCCGUAAAAGCAAUGAAGGAUCUGGAUGGUAAAGAAGUCGGUGGAUCCAACAUAGAAGUAUCGCUAGCUAAGCCCCCGUCCGACAAAAAGAAAAAGGAAGAAAUACUACGAGCCCGCGAAAGGCGCAUGACUCAGUUUCUGCAAACUAGAAUAGGUUUGGUGAAUACGGUUCCAUCGUUUCCCAGUAUGUCGCCGCAGCAUGCUGGUAUGAUGCCGGGCGCAAUGCCACCGAUGCGAGUGCCGAGCGGACCGGGAGGUCCACGGGCUCCGAUGCGGGGCGGCCCAAUGGGCGGCCGGGGCGAGUACGCAAUCGGUAAACGCAAAUUCGAAGGAGGUCCUCACAAUCAAGGGGACAUCAAACGACGCUAUGGAGCAUUAGCAAAUUUUGGUAACAGCUGGGGCAGCCAACCAUUGCCCCAGCAGCCACUAGGAGCAAACGGUGGAGAGCAAUGGUAUACCGACACCUACUCGGCGUGGAGCUAAGCAAACUAUACACACACACACAAACAUACCCAACCCCCCACAACAUAACCCCCCCCACUCCUCUCCCCCUUCUUCCCCAAUCAACAACUCAUACCCACCCCACCAACAUUAAGCUACGGUAAAGGCGCCUACUGACACAGCAAUAAACACAGAUGUUCGACGAAAACAAAGGCGGUGAUGCGUUUGGCAUAAAACGUAUUUCGGGAGGCGGCGCGUUUGAAGUGUGUUCAUUAUGUGCCCGACACCAAAUUCAACUCUUUCGCUCGGUCUUGAUUGAUCGACAAAGCACGGCUUACUCGAAACGUUAAAAACUUUGUUAAACAUUCGGAGAAGAAGUGACAGCGUGGAGAGGAUGAACCGCUUAAACCGAGCUAGAGACAGGAGAAUAGGAGCAGGGACUUGUGGUAUACAAAUAACUUUAGGCAAACAAAGCAACUGGCGAUUGGCGAUAAACUGGGGCACCACCAAUUGUGGAAGACUGUUGUGCCAGAAGCCGGAAGAAAGGGAAGAUAAAAAAAGGGAGUACAUUACAAAAUUAAGCAAAAACCGACUGAUUUUAUUUGUGGCAUUAUUCUAAUGACAAUUAUUCUCAAACUUAACGAAAUUCGUUCGAGCACAUUGAAAAUCGUAUAUUAGAAUAGAACUCAUUCGCAAAAAAAAUCUUCAAACUUCAGUGAGAUGAGUAAAAAAAGCGCGAAGAGAGCGAGAGAGAGAAAUGAACGUUCUAAAGGAAUAAAAUCUGUGCUAAAAUUUAAAAUUUUACUAAAACAUGAAGACAGGGACAAAAAAACGUUGUGUAGCAGAUGAAGCAGCAGGUACCAGGGGUUAUUGUGUGCAGCAUUGCAAAAAAAAGGGGGAAGGAACGCAAUCAUCAAACCGGGGGUCGAUUAGUUCAUGAUUUUCGUCAAAGUCGUCGUUCCCCUCUCGCACACCGCCAUCGUAAUUUUCACUUAAAGUUUUCUAUCAUCAAAUAAUACAUAUUUACUCCACGCUGAGAUAGGGUAUAGUUAGAGGAUACGCGAGCCCAGCAAAAAAACACUGGCACGAAACGCGUGCGUAGCAAUUCAAACAAGUAUGAUAAUGCAAGGAAACAAAACAAAAAAAAUCGAGAUCUCCACCGUUUUACAAAAUCGAUAAAGGCAAGGAUGUAGUUUAUGUAGAUGUCGGGCGCAAAACAUAAAACCAACGCGGAAGAGUUGCUCCAGGGGCUUGAUUACCAAUAAUUUCUAAUUGCUUGUGUGUAAGAGGAGAAGAAAAGGGCCCGGUGGGCAGAGAAAACGGGAGGGAACCGUCACAAUGUAAACGAGAUGACGGCGUUGCAGCCAGUGUAAAGGAAUGGUUAAAUAAGCGUGAUUAAGAUUAUGUUCUUGAUUAUUUUCAUUUUUAAUUUCGGCGCUACUAUUUUUUUGGACAACAAAAGGAAGCUGGCAGAAAAUGAAGAAACAAAACAAAAAAAGAAAUCCCAAACCUAGGAGAAAUGCAACAUCAGAGGACAGAGAGAGAGAGAGAGAGAGAGAGAGAGAGAGAGAGAGAAAGAGAUGUGUGGUAAACGGGAGAAAAUAACGUCGGAAAACACAGUCAUUCUGUCAGGAGCACAUUUAUACACACAAGAAAGAGAAAAAAAAUUGAAAAGCAAAACGCAAAACUCUAAUCGUGAUAGUAAGUGAAGGUCGAGCAUUCGAUUCGUGAAAGUUUUUUUUUUAAUAAUGUUUCGUUAGUAAAAAUCGUGAAAAGAGAAAAAAGUUUAUUUUGAGUUAUGUUGGAUUUGUUUUGUAUUGUUCUUGUUCCUCCAAUUUAAUUUUUCGAGACAAAACAAAGCGCAAAACAUUUUCUUGCGUAUUGAGACAAGUGUAUAUAUAGAGAGAGAGAGCGAAUGCUUAAAAAACGAAUCAAAUAAGGAGCGAUAGAGAGAGAGAGAGGGAGAGCAAAGUUAUCCGAUUGCGAAAUAUACGGUGUGCGAAAUCGUUGACGAUUUGAAAUAGACAACACCUCAAGUUUUUUGUUUUAAAAUCGUGUUUUGUUCUUUCCAGAAGAAUAUUUAUGUGUACAAUUCAGGCCAAUCGGUAUAAAAAGUAUAAAGUGAAACUGACCUUAAAUCUGUGGUGUGUGAUAUAUUCGGAAAAAAUAUGAAGAAAUUUAGUUACGAAGAAGAAAACCCAGGAGGAGAAAGGGAAAACCCCCUCGGCAAAAACCAGUCACGGUAAAUAAUGUAAAAUAAUAUGCUAAAAAAACCCAUAGUGAAAGGGUAUAAAAAGUUGAUUCUAGGCUUAUUUUUGGUUGUAUAAGUUUAAACGUAAUGCAAAGUUAAAAAAAAAGCAGGACUAAAAAGUGUGUAGACAAAAAAAAAACAAACAAACAGAAAGCAAAGUGAAUCAAGAAAGCAAAAUUAGUGUUCAAAUUUAUUAAGAAGAAUUGAAAUUAACAAUUUAAAAGUGAUUCAAUUGGUAAUGCUUCCUUUACGGGAGAGCAAGUAUUAUUUGGAUGAGGGAAAGAGAAAAAGAGACAGAGAGGGAGAGAAGGGAGAAGAGAAAAAACGUUAUUCUGUACUGGGUGCUUAAUUGGCCAACUAAAUUUAAACAAAACCUUUGGCUUCGCGAACUCACGUAUUACUCUUUCGUUAUAUGUUUUCGGUAACUGUUGCCACCCGUCAAACCCUGACACUGUGAGGUUUUGCCAAGCGCGGUAUAAAAAUAUUAAACGAAGAAGAAAACUAAAAAACAAUCCCGUGUUCAUUAGAAUCAUUAGAAGCAAAAUUGUAUUCGAAGGCCAUGAUAACCGUUUUUUUUUCUUUUUGGCGAAAGCACAUUUUGAAUAAACGAUAAAAAUUAUGGCGCAAAAAAAGGAAACAAGUAAAAAGGAUAAAAGUGAUAGCAUUUGAUUAAAAAAACAGUAAAAUACUCUUCAUAGACGAGUGCAGCAUAGUGCAAAAAAGUGCAAAAGGCAAAGUGAAAAAAAUGCGAGAAAAGAAUGACGAAAAGGGAAUGAAAACUAUACACGAAGACAAUAUAUCAACAAAAACAAAGGAAAGAAAACAAGUGGUAUAAUUAAAGCGACACUUUAAACAAAUACGAUAACGAAGAAGCACAUCGUAAAGGCUUAACAACGGAUUAACUGAGGCAGGCAGAUGAAUUAACUUACAACUUUGAUUUCUGUGUGUUUUUUUAUGUUUGUUAGGAAUGGCAGGAGAGAAAGCAUGGCAGAGGAGGAGGAUGAGGAGGUUAGGAGAUAUAGGAGUAAUCAAUGUUUGCAAUACACAAAUGAAUCACGCAAAGUGAAACGAAACAUUAAAAUUAUAAUUAUAAAUACACAUCAACACUCAAACACACACGCAAAACGCCAACACGUAACUAAAAGAAUGCAUAACGAGUAUGUAAGCACACGUGAACACGGAGACGGUUCGGGGGUUUGUGGAUGAGCAGGCAAACAUCAUUAGAAUGUCCCAUAGCGUCGGGAAUGCUGCUGCUGCUGCUGCUACUGCCGCUGCCGCUGGAAUGUAGAAUGCUAAACACAGGCUGUUAGUUAUACGCGCGACACUAAUCCCAGCGAGAACGGCGAGAUUCAUUUUGUUUUCCUUUCCCAUUUUGUUAUAUCAAACGAAGUUGUACUCUUUGGCUUAGUCCACCAAUUUACAUACAAUAAAACUAGUAUAGCAGAACGCAGAACACGCUAACGCUACGAACGAACGAACGGAUGCGGGCAUAAGAACGGAGAGAACGGAUUAACAGCGACAAACGGAAACUAACGCAAUCGAACCUUAUCGACAAUUAGCAUUGUACUUUACAUUGGUAGUUUAAAACAAACGAAAAAUACCUUACCGAUUAAUAGCAACAAAUAGCAACCAUUCAACAGUGUGACGUCAACAGCAUAUGAACAAAAACAAUUAAAUAUCCUCAAUGUAGACGAACUGACGGUACCCGUGAGCACACGAACACGAGAGGUGCAUACAAUAGGAGCAUAAAACACGGUACCGUAUACCGUUUAUUUCUACCCUAAUACUACAAUUUGUUUGAUUACCAUUUACUUUUAUUUUGUUGUUUACGUUACUUGAUAGCAACUGCCGAAUGUAUGCCCCCAUAACAGUAUGUGUAUGUGGCCCCUGCCCGUCACAACAGCCAAUGCUUCUUAUCCGGACGCUACCUUACUUAGCUAAAGCAAUAUUUCAGUUAUCGGCUUUUACAACGUUGGUGGUUUUUUCGACUAUUGCACAGUGCACAGAAGCUUAUUGGAAACAAAAUUAUUCUUCAAAACACGCAAAAAUGACGGAGAAACAAAACUCUAAGCAAACAAUUUCAAUUCCACCACAAGCGAGAAACUUCUGCAGCAUGCAAACAAACAAAAAUCAAAUUACUUUAACGAAAUCCUGUAGCAGUAGAGAUUAAAAUUCGAAUAAAGCAUACUGUUAUCUAGAGUUAGGAAUCUGUAAAGUGAUAUAAGCGUAGGGAGGAAAAGAACAGGCGGCAAAACACAGGCCCACUCUUGUAGGUUUGUGUGUGUAGUGCCCUUGGGUAGAAGAUAAGAGACGAGACGCAGUGCUUUUAUUUCUAUUUCGUCUCUGCUACACUUAGUCGAUAAACGGGGCGCUGUCGCUGUCAAAGGGAGAAAAAAAGGAUACGUGUGGGGCUAGGAACGGACGGACUCGGAAGAUGUUCUAUGAUGAUGGUGCCCAAUAAUUGCGAGCUGCCUUAUAAAAGCAAAGUGGGAGUAAAGACUGAUUGAAAUAUAAACAAACAAACAAACAAAUAGCGGCUUCCGCCGUUGAGAGGUGAAGUGUAGGUAAGGACGGACCUGCCCCUGCCCAGUUUCUGAAGGUCCGUGUGCGCGUGUAGGUCAAAAUUAUUAUACAGAUAACAAAUUGUGUUCGGUUUAGGCUAGAGCUUACGUAGAACAGACAUAGGGACACGAAUUUUGGUCCAACAUUCUAACCCUUAACAAUAGUUAUCCGCUAUCUCCGGUACUACAUGCAUGGGAUGUCAUGCUCACUUUACAAUAUCGCUAAAAUAUAGACGAAAAAGCCCUUUAAAAAUCCCCAAAAACAGCAACCAACAACCUUAAGCAACGUUGCGAACAAUUACAAAUAGAAAGAGCAGAAACUUUUAACCUUCCUCAGAGCUUAUGGUAGUGCAGAACUUUUAACCUUUAAGCGGUCUAACGGUUGUUGAUGAAACAGAACUUUCAAAUAGCAUGCAUCACUCGAGGUCAAAUUCUCUUUCACAGUAAUCUACACAUACAUCAUACUCCACGACUAGUGCACGGACGGUUAUUAGGAAUUAUGCGUAGGAGUGAGGAAAAACGGAGGAAAAACGGAGGAGGAAAAAAGAUUAGUAACAAAAGGAUAAAUUAUGCAAUAUAUUGAAUGUUUAUUUUAUGUUAUUACUUUUAUUAGUAUGGUAAUCCUUUAACGGUUAACGUUGCUGGCUAAGCUUAAGGUUGGACAGAUUUGAUCCAGUUAAGGCAGUUUAUUCGGACACCAAACCACACCACUACAUAGAGCCCGGGGACCAUCUUUGAACACUUUGAAAUCAAUUCGACACGAUCAUUUCAGCUAGAUCCAACAAACACACACACACAUGGAGUUCAAUUAUAAUGCAUAAGACACACCCACAAUCAUUUAAUUAUGCUUUAGAAGGACAUAGUCUCUUUUAUUUUAUUUUAUUUUAUAUUUUUUUGUUAGAACUGUUUUAUCCAUUAAUUUUGGGUUCAUCAGUAACCGUGACUGUUGUGCUGCAGUGCUCCUACAUCCUUCGUAUAUAGAUAUUCGUAAACACGGAAGGGAAAUUUUCAAACGCUUAAAAAAACCUGUUGAGUUGUGUGAUUUUUCUACAUUGUUUUCUUUAUUUCCUUUUUCGUUUCGUUUGUUUGUUUGUUUCGUUUUUGCGUCUAAACAUGCGCUCGCUCACAGGCCUUUUUGUUGUACUCUAGUGUACUAGCUCUUUACUAUCGUUAUUAGUUUGUUCUAUUACUCACACAUUUGUUUAAUGUGAUAGCUUCGUUUAAACGGCGGACAAUUUGUUGCGUUCCGCAGUUUUGUAGUAACAGUUUUUCCUAUCUUUUUUGUUUUGUUUAAUUUUUCUAUUUUUUUUUUUCGUUGCUCGGUCUGGUUCUGCAUUAUGUUACAACUAAAAGGCAAUGAAGUUACAAAAUAGUGUUUCACUCCUAUCGACCCAAAUCGGAAUAUUUCACUUAAAUCUGGGCUAGAAAAUUUCCCUUCCACACUUUUUAUUGUUUGAUUUGUUUUAGCAAAAUAAGUAAAUAAUCAACUAUCAUUCAGCUCCAGCAGAUUGACGAAAACUAAACCCCGUUUUUUGUAUGCAAAGUAGAGAACGACUCGAAAGCACUAAGCUUAAACAUUGCCCAUUUUUUGUGUGUGUUAAAUUCGUACUUUUUACUACAUCGCUAUAUAAUCGGCUAGAAUUUAAUUAUUGAAUGUUACACAUUGCUAUAACUAAUAUAGUUCUUACGGUUCAAACCCAGCAUCAUCUAAUACUGUACCAGCUGCAGGCAAAGAGUAACAGCAACAUAUAACGUAUAACAUGAAUCCGGCUCGAUUGUUACUACUGACCCUUACAUACAUACUGACGCUCAAGUUUGCGAAAAGCUACGAUCAAAAUGUUGCCGUUAUAAUUUAUAUUGUUUGAAUUUUACAUCUUACUCUUCCACUCAGAAAUGGGAGAUUUUUAUGUUUUAGAUAAAGAAAAGAGAAAAAAACACCCCACGCGCCCUACGUGACCGUUGAUUUUGUGUUUUCACUUUAUUUUCAUUCUCAUGUAAGAAUAUACUAGCUCAGCAACAGUUGUUCCGGUGUGUGAGCAAGGUCAGGUCAACCGGUUAGUGCGCAGAAAACCCGUGCGCGCGCGCGCAGAAGCUCCGACGUAACAAACGUUUAGUUAGCGUAACGUUGCUAUAGAAACGAAUCCGCGAGCAAAAGCACAUUUAAACAGAAAAUAUGCCCGGAUGACACAGGAAUUUAUACCUUUUUCGUAAAAUAGCAGAUUAUUUUUAAGAUUGCUCCAUUUAUUGUGCAUAAAUAAAACUUUUAAAUGUAACCGAAUCUAUUACACACAAAAAAAAGUUGACGUACACACACACACAUACACUACAAUAUUUUGAAUGGUUUUUUGUUUCCUUUCAUUUCUUUCCUCAAUAUUAUAACAUUUACUCAAGUAAUCAGAACACUCGAAAGCUCCUUUCGAAAUAGAGCAGUUUCUUUCAAUUCACCCGCUGUUUUUCCUUUCUUGGAAUAAGCAUUUAUCUUAAGUUUGCCCUCCUCCGCACCAACCGCUUGUGUGUUGAACCGUGUUCUAAGUGUAGUAGUAGUAAGACACAAAAUUGAAGCAAUAGUUGUGAGAACAUCUACAAUCGCACUAAGACAUAGUUGGAUUGUUAUUGAUAGAAUGAUAGAAUUCGGAUAAACAUAACUGAACGCAUCCUUCAAAACCCUUCGCAAACGUACACACACAUACAUACAUACAUAGCAGGACGCAAUUAGCGAUAUGGUUCGUUGUUCCGUUUGUUCUCAAAAAUCCACCGCCCAGCCCAAAAGUGUGGGAAAGUGACACCGUUUUCCCAACCUCAUUUGCCGUUCGUCUUUCAUACAAUUAGAAAAACAUGCCCGAUAAACCCCCGUUUUUUGCAUACAACCGAAAGCGGACAGAAAGCGCAAAGAGCAGCAACAGUUCAUGUUCCCCUUGAUUGUAUAAACUAAAACCAAACAGUAAAGUAACAACCACUACCAACGUAAACUACGAACCCACCACGCACGGGGGCUCCACGUGGGCUCCCCUGUCGGUGGCUACUAGAUGCUACUAGAAGGCCGGAAAGGAAGGCUAAGGACUCCGUUCGAAAUGAAUUUAACCAUCCCGCCCAUCACGACGUUGCGCCAUUUUUUUUUUUUUUUUGUAGUAGCUUCUUUUUGCAUCCUAUAUAUUAUUCGUUUUCCACAAACGACGACACAGCCUUUGUAGCCGGUCGUAAGAAAGGGACACAUAAGCUCGUUAUGCCAUUACCGAAACACCGCAUGGCUCGACUGCCACUAAGCUAUAUAUGUAUAACUUGUAAGGAAUCGAAGCAACCACAGCCCGCUGGUGGUGUGCAGUGACCAACGUGGUCGUCGCGUACCAACGUGGACCGAUGUUACACGCCUAAUUUCGCAAACAUUUCGACAUUCGAUUUCCGGUGUAACGAAGCUCUUGCGCGGAGUUUCGGAGCGGCCCCGGCCACAUCGCUCUAGCUACACGAUAAUAUCCUUGUAAUAAGCAAUACCGACGGAGAGGGCAUACCACUGAUGGGAUGAAUUCAUCAUUUGAGCAGUUAGUUUAUCAGUUUUCGUUGAACGGUUUUUUGGUUAGCUGGAAGGUUUGAAGGCAGACUGAAAGUCUGCGAGAAAAAACACCACGAAAGAUUGAGAAGAAAAAGAGGACGAAACAGAACAAAAAGCUUAAAACAGGAACAGAAGAAGAAGAAAAUACGUUAAAAUAAGCUCAAUCCACCACCACACUCACGGAUGAAGAAUGGCUGCAACAAAAAAAGAAAAGAAAAAAGAAAACACCCAAUGACCACAAUCAAUGAUGCCGGGAGCGAGAGAAAGAGACACACAAAGAAAAAGAGAGGGCGUACGGUAGAAUUGAUAACCGGAAUCCGAACGUGUUUGGACGAUUGGUCACACUGCAAAACCACAUCAUACUCCGACAACCGAUCAGUCGCAGGCAGGCAGGCAGUUGUUGUAUGGGGAGCCAGAUAGGAUGCGUUUUUUUUAAGAUAAAAGGGCAGUAAUAGGGAUCGGUUGAGUGGAGGAGAGUUGAAGGAGGAGCAAAAAAACGGUGGAGAAGAUAGGAGCGCAGGACUAGGAAGGAAGGAAGGAACACAGGUGAGAAAGAGAGAGACAGAGAGAGCAGACACAGGCCGUAGAGGAAUAGUUAGGGAAGGACAGAAAUAAAAGGAAAACAUCAA